UUUAUCAACCAUUACAAACAAGUUAAUAUGGAUUCUAAAACAGAUGCAAUAAUAAUGAUUUCCUUUUUCAUCUUUUUUAGGCUGUGGGAUUGUAAACUCUCCACAGGAAGCUGUGAAGCUCUGUCCUCCGUCCUCAAAUCUCCAUCAUGUCUGAAAGAGUUGAACCUGAGUAGGAACAACCUGCAAGAUUCAGGAGUGAAGCUGUUGUCUGAGGGGCUGCAGAGUCCAGACUGUAAACUGGAGUCUCUUAAGUUAUACAGCUGCAGCUUGUCAAAGGUCAGCUGUGAGGUUCUGGCUGCAGCUUUGAAGUCCAACCCGUCCCAUCUAAAGGAACUUGAUCUGAGGCGUAACAACUUGAAAGACUCAGAUGUGGAGCAGCUGUCUGACCUGAAGAAGAGACCAGACUGCAGCCUGGAGACUCUGAGGUCAGUGGAUUAUUGAGUCUGAGUUUAUUCAAUGUUUCAAGCAUGCAUGGUCAAUUACAAC